CUCUCCGUAGCCUAGGUAUUUUCACACAUUUUAUUCCACUUUUGUCAGCUUUCUUUCCUUGGUAUAUUUCUCUCGGCAGCAGUAGUUGUACAUAAUGGUACUCGUGCUACCUGAGAUAAGCUGAAGCACAUGCCAUUAAUUUCCUAUCCUGCUUCUUCUUUGUGGAUCUGAAUUAUUGACAGGGGAGAGCAACAGCAAUGGCAGUGAGCAACAGCUACGUAGUAAUCAAGGCUCAUAUAGAUGGGUCACCAAAAGAGAGUGAUUUUGAGCUCAAAUCAGAGUCUAUUUCCCUGUUGCUGGACUCUGGUUCAAAUGAUGUUAUACUGAAAAAUCUCUAUUUAUCCAUAGAUCCUUACCAGCUAAACCGCAUGAAAAGUCAGAGCUCAUCACAAAUAUAUUCCACUUUAGCCGCUGCAAUUAAUCCUGGCGAGGCUAUUAAUGGUUAUGGAGUGGGAGAAGUUUUGGUUUCUGGGAAUCCUGAAUUCCAGAAAGGUGACUUGGUUGUAGGGCUCAUUACAUGGGGAGAAUAUAGUGUCAUAAAACCAGGUGGCAUGCUAAGGAAAUUGGAACUUAUGGGAUUUCCAUUGUCAAACCAUGUUGGAAUUCUAGGAUUUAGCGGACUGACAGCCUAUGCUGGGUUUUUCGAAGUAUGCAAACCCAAGAAGGGGGAGAAGGUGUUUGUAUCUGCUGCUUCUGGAUCGGUCGGGAAUUUGGUCGGACAGUAUGCAAAGCUGUUCGGUUGCUAUGUGGUUGGCUGCGCCGGAAGCAAAGAAAAGGUAGAACUCCUGAAAGAAAAGCUUGGUUUUGAUGAUGCAUUCAACUAUAAGGAACAAACAGAUUUGAAGGCAACUCUCAAAAGGUACUUCCCAGAUGGGAUUGACAUAUAUUUUGACAAUGUUGGGGCAGAAAUGCAAGAGGCAGCAAUAGCUAACAUGAAUUUGUUUGGUAGAGUAGCUAUUUGUGGUGUGAUCUCUGAGUAUACAGAUAGCGGAAGAAAAGCUGCACCUGAUAUGAUAGAUAUUGUGUAUAGGAGAAUCAAAAUCCAAGGGUUUUUAGCUGCUGAUUUUUUGAAUGUUUAUGCUGAUUUCAUUUCAACAACUUGUGAUCAUCUUCGGGCUGGCAAGAUGCACAUACUUGAAGACAUCUCAACUGGUGUUGAAAGCAUUCCUUCCUCUUUAAUUGGACUUUUUAGAGGUCAUAAUGUUGGGAAGAAGAUGGUUCAAUUAUCUGAUACAUAGUCUCAAUCAUAUAGAGGUUUGGAGGUGGUUUUUAAAACAGAUAACAAUAAGAAAAGGAAAUUCAACUUGUUGCCUGUAACCAUGAUCUUAAUUGCAACGAUGGUUUUUCAAGUGGC